AAGAAAAUUAAUUAGGUGAGCAACCAAACAGGCCCUUUAAGCAAACCUACAAGUCUGCACUAGAGUAUAAAAAACAUAGGUUUUGAGUUUUGGUUUUUGUGUGUGUGUUUCAAGCAAGAUGGAUUAUUCUCUUGCAGUUUACCAUAUUAUUGUUCUGUGGUUCAUCUUCUUUCCCUCUCAAACUCAAGCUCCAGCUGCUAGGCCAAAGCCUUCGGCCCUUUUCGUGUUCGGAGACUCGACAGUUGAUGCUGGUAAUAACAACUUCCUACGAACUCCCAUGAAAAGCAAUUUCCCACCUUACGGGAGAGAUUUCAUCAACCAUAUUCCUACAGGGAGGUUCUCUAACGGCCGCCUCGUAACUGACUUCGUUGCUUCAUACACUGGUGUAAAAGACAUUGUGCCAGCCUACUUGGAUCCAACUCUUACCAUACAGGACCUAAUGACUGGAGUUUCCUUUGCAUCUGCUGGUUCCGGAUUUGAUCCAAUGACCGCAACACUCUCGAGUGUGAUUUCCAUGGAACAACAAAUGGAAUACUUCAAAGAGUACAAAUCAAAGAUGGAGAUGCUGAUAGGGAAGGACAACACAGUGGAGCUUAUUAAAAAGGCAGUGUUUAUGCUGAGUGCCGGCACAAAUGAUUAUAUUGUCAAUUAUUAUGGCCUUGGUGAGCCUGUAACUCAGGUUAUGUAUACCAACGUCACAGCUUAUCGUAACUAUCUGAUUCAAAAUAUCGAGCAGUUUGUCAAGGAGCUGAUUAAUGAAGGUGCUCGGAAGAUAGCCAUGGUAGGGUUACCUCCGAUGGGGUGCCUACCUGAAGUGAUCACUCUUAACAGAUAUGCUGCUACUCAUGAACGCACAUGUGUCGAACCAAUGUCAUAUGUUGCAACAGACUACAACGUAUAUCUUGAAAACAAAUUGAAAGACAUCCAAAUUUCGGAAGCUAAACUCUACUAUGCCGACAUAUACAAACCUAUUCUCGACAUGAUUAGGUUUGGAACAAAAAAACUCGGUUUCGAAGAGGUGAAUAUUGGAUGUUGCGGAUCUGGAUAUGUUGAGGCAGCAGCCCUAUGCAACAUGAAUUCAGCUGUAUGUGAGGAUGCAACAAAGUACGUGUUCUGGGACGCAAUUCACCCAACGGAACAAGCAUAUUACUAUGUGUUUACAACCCUUCGUCCGGUUAUCGAUAGGGUUUUGAAUGAUUACAUAAACUAGCAGACUCCCAUUGUUCAACAAAGGGUUAGGUACCAUUUCAAAUCCUUCAAUUUCCAUCCAACUUUCCAUUUAUAUCAAAAAAUCAUUGUAUUCAACCAACACUACCAAAUGAUUAAUAUAGUAAUAGUAAUUAUUGGUCAUGUAUAACAUUAAUAAUAAGAUUUCGUAAUCUAUAUUUAUUGUAACAUGAUCUACCAAGACCCCAUUAUGUAUUUAGUUUUCGAA